CAUCGUCUUUCCCUUUUCCCGCGUACAGCAAGCUCUCGUACCUUCCCUUCCAUCAACGGCGGAUGCCGUCUCUCAGAAAACUCAACGGCUCUGAUCCUCUAAUAACCGCUACGGAACGCUUCCCGGUACCGACACGAUACGCGGCAUGUUCCCCAAUCCGUCUCCGUUUCGGUGCAGGGUCGCCGUCCCGCGACCCACUCUCUCUCUCUCUCUCUCUCCUCCUCCUUUCUCUGCCUCUGAGAAUACGUCUUCUCUCUCCUCCUUCUUCUUCACAAUUUGCCAAUUUUCCAUCUCAUCUUUUUAUUUAUUUCCUCUCUCGUCCGCUUGCUUAUCUCCUCCAUAUCCUUUUCGUCUACCCCGAAGCCGAACCUUCAACCCUCGAUCGGACGACACACGGACGUCCACGUCGUCUUCGUCGUCUUCGUUGCCCGCUCCAUGCUCCUAUUUAACGCUAGCUGAAACUCUAACCCUAACGCUCUCUCUUUCCGCAUCUUGAACUCCGCCUCCACAGAUCUCUCUACGGAGCGAUUGGUUUGUUCAUGGGCCAUGGUAAUCGUCGAGAACAGUUACAAGGAUUCAAUCCUGAACGGCGAUAUGUCCGCGUGCACGGUUUCGUUCGAGGACCAAAACGAGAGCUCUACGUCGCUGGAGUUUGCUGGCGGUAGCGUAUCUUGCGAUGGCGCAUCCGAUGUGGAUUCCGGCAUGGCUUCUGACGAGUUCGAUUUACUGGAGCUUGGGGAGCCCGGGACGGAGCUUUGCCAGGUUGGGAACCAGAGCUUUAUCUUCCCGCAGGAGCUCUACGACCUUCCGAAUCUUGGCUUGGUUAUUUCGCUCAAAACAUGGAAUCAGAGCCUAACUGAGGAGGAGCGGUUCGCGUUAGCGGAAUACUUACCCGACAUGGACCAGGAAAACUUUGUCCUAACACUCAACGAACUUUUUUCUGGGAGUAAUUUCCACUUUGGUAGGCCGCUUGAGGCCUUCUUUAAUCAGUUGAAGGGUGGGCUCUGUAAUCCAACGGUCGUUGCUUAUCGCAGGGGCUUGAAUAUCUUCCAGCGACACCAGCACUAUCAUCAGUUAUGCGAGUAUCAGAAUUCCAUGGUGGGGAACCUUGUUCAUAUAAGGGAUAUGUGGCAGAACUGCUCUGGGUAUGGAAUUGAAGAGAGGCUGCGAUUUCUGAACAUUCUGAGGAACGAGAGGAAUUUGGGUUAUGAUAGGAAUGGAGAUUUGGGUUCCGAGACAGAUUGUGGAAGUAUUGAUUCUAAUGAAGCUUACUGGAGUAGAAGGCUCAGUAAGGGGCAUCAGGAGAUGCAUUCAUCGAGGAAAGCUUCUUUUGAUGCUUUUACUCAGAGGAGCAGAUUGGCCGUGCAGCCAGUAAGGUCUGGGAAGGCUAAGGUGAAGGGAAUAUUGAAGUUGGCUGCUGCAAAGGUUCCUGCAAAGAAAGAAUACGCACGAGCUCCAGGGUUUGAUUUGUCCGAGGUCCGAAGGAGUGUUCCUGAUGACAAUUAUUUUGAGGAUCCAGGUUAUGGAAUGGCUGGGCGAAGUGUUCGUGGAACCACGGCUGCCAAGUCAGGCUCUUUGAAAUUUAAAAGAAAGGGCAUUGUAAAGAGGUAUGCCCAAGAUAUGCCAAGUGAUUUUGGUGUGGAAGAUGUUGAUGAGCAUGUUGGGAAUUCUAGUUACCUUAACAACCGAAAGGAAUCUGUUCAGGCACUUCCCAAUCCCAUUGCUUCUUAUGAUUACAAAACAUUUAGUAGAAUGACGAAAGUGAAGCAACCUAAUGAGGACUGGAAAUAUCCUGCCAAAGAGCAACUUCGACAUCAAGUGGCCAAUGGAUCUCAGUUUGACUCGUCCGAUUCUAAUAGAUUAAAUAAGCAUGGAAAAGUAUAUGAAAAAGCCAUUUGUACUAUUGGUCCUCGCACAUUCAAUGGCUCAAAAAUAAGAAAGAAAUGGGAGGGUGAAGAUGAUUUCAGAAUCAAUAAAAGUAGUUUUGGCUCUAAAGUUAGUUCUUGUAAGGCUCCUCCAGCUGAAUGGAGUGGCUCUCAUUUUCACUCAGACUAUGUAACCAAAAAUUUGCAGGGUCAGCUUAGAAGGAAGUCUUCUGAACAUGAUGAAGCCGGUGUGGAAUACUCAAGGCGCAGUCCUAUUUAUGAUCAAAGUGAGGAGACACAAUCUGAUUCAUCAGACAAGGUUGAGGCAGGUGGGGGCAUGUAUCCCUAUGCAUCCAAAUCAGUGCAUUCUAAUGCAGCAAUGGAGGUUCGUCAGUCUGUAGUUAAACUAGAAGAUGAUUUUAAAUUGACAAGUAAACUGGCCAAAUCCAGUAAACGAGUUUAUCAAACAGCUGAUGGAGACAUGAAUGGCAAACCACGGGAAAUGGAACCUUACUCUCGUAAUGUUAAGAAGAAAGGUAAAUCAAAUGACACCAAUUACUUGGAUAGUGGUAAAUCAAUAAGAAAGUCACGGUUGACACAUUUUAGUGAAAAGUUGCAACCUGCUUCACUUGGUUGUGCUGCAGAUAGAAAGCGGAAAGUAACAACUGAUCAUUCAAAUGACAUGUGCAACCACAUAAGAGGCAUUACAGACGAAGCUGAGGAGAUUUUGGAUUUAAAUGCUGGAUUAACCAAUAUGGAAAGGCAGAAAAACAGAGCUGAAAACAAGAAUCAAAUCUCAACUGAUUUUGCUUUGGACGAUGAUACUCAGGAAAGUUUAAGCAUGCCCAUUCUGGCUUGUAAUUCCCGUUCAAAGAAGAGGAAAGGAAAAAGUGGAGAUGAAUAUCAUGCUCAGUUAGAUGAACCUUUUCAUAGGCAAUCUAGUCCAAAGAAGCAGAUCGAAGGGUCAUCUACUAUGAAAAAGAAAGGGAAAAGGAAAGCUGAUGCUGUAGUUGUUACUUCAUCUGUUGCGACUCCUGAACCAAUCAUUCUUGAGAAGCGAGGGUCUGAGUUAGAGAUGGAUGUGAAGACACAGAAGAAACCAUUCACUUUGAUCACUCCAACCAUUCAUACAGGCUUUUCAUUCUCUAUUAUACAUCUCCUUUCAGCUGUCCGGAAGGCUUUAACCACUGCACAGAUGGAAGAUCCUGAAGAUAUUGGUAAUCACCUUGGGAAGGAUGUAAGCAUGCUUGCUAAUGGAGGAGGGCAGAAAUUUUUUCUUCAUAUGGCCAAUGACACAUAUAUGUCUCGAUCUAUUGAUAACUUGGAUGGCAUCAUUCAGAGUAAUUUACCAUCUCUCAGAGUCCAGGAGAUUGUCCAUAGAGUUAAGUCAAACCCUGGGGAUCCUUGCAUCCUUGAAACUUCAGAACCACUCCAAGAUUUGGUCAGGGGAGUGCUGAAGAUAUUUUCAUCUAAGACAGCACCGUUGGGAGCCAAGGGCUGGAAGGCACUCGUCCUGUAUGAGAAAUCAGCUAAAAGCUGGUCUUGGGUUGGUCCAGUUUCUUCUACUAAUUCUGAUGACAACGACAAUACCGAAGAUGAAACCUCUGCAGAGGCAUGGGGCAUUCCACACAAAAUGCUGGUCAAAUUGGUCGAUGCCUUCGCUAAUUGGCUCAAAAAUGGUCAAGAAACCCUUCAACAAAUAGGAAGUCUUCCUGCACCACCUGCAAUGUUAGCUGUUGUGGAUUAUAAGGACAGGUUUAGAGAUCUCAGAGCCCAGAAGAGCCUGAACACUAUCAGCUCAAGUUCUGAAGAAGCGAGAGCUUAUUUUCAUAGGGAGGAGCUCUUGAGAUACUCAAUCCCAGACAGGGCCUUCCAAUACACUGCUCACGACGGAAGAAAGACCAUUGUAGCACCACUAAGGAGGUGCGGUGGCAAACCAACAUCAAAAGCCCGUGAUCAUUAUAUGCUCAAGCCCGAUCGUCCUCCGCACGUCACUGUUCUUUGCCUUGUCAGAGAUGCCGCUGCGAGGUUGCCUGGAGGUAUAGGCACCAGAGCAGAUGUUUGCACUCUAAUAAGAGAUUCGCAGUAUAUUGUUGAAGAUGUCACUGAUGCACAAGUUAACCAAGUUAUCAGUGGGGCUUUAGAUAGGUUGCAUUAUGAGCGUGACCCUUGUGUACAGUUUGAUGGAGAAAGAAAAUUGUGGGUUUAUCUGCAUGGGGAUCGCGAGGAGGAAGAUUUUGAAGAUGAUGGUACUUCAUCCACAAAGAAAUGGAAAAGACAGAGGAAAGAUCCUACAGAUCCUUCCGAAGUAGAAACUGCUAAUGAUUCUCAUUAUCUUUCAACUGGUGAACCAGCAGCUGGUUUUUCUUCUGCCUGUGAAUUCAAUUCCGAUCUUAACAUGGAUGACAAUGGUGAGCUUGUUUUUAAUGAUUUGAGCUCUAACAGAGAGAAUGUUCAAUCUUAUGUUAGCCCUACACGUUUUGAGAGAGGUUCGAGUAAUCCCUUGCAGGAAAGCAAAAUGCUUUGUCAAGAGAACUUAACAAAUCAGGAUUUUGAUGAUGAAGCUUUCAGCAGAGAAAGGCCAGUUGGGCUUUUGAGUGCAGGUUUAUUUUAAAGAAUAUGUGAUCAUAGUCUCAAUCCUUGUGUUUAUAUUGUAGGAUCGAUGAAGUUAAUAAUCGGAAUUGAAUGAAGUGUUUAAUUCCUCUACUGCUGCGACACUGGUAAUUUUCCUUGUUUUUUUUGCUUAUUUUCAUAUUAGUUUCAUCUGCAGGGGAAAUAUGACGCCAUGAUUUUUGCUGUAAUUGUGCUGCUUCUCAAGUUGUAUAUUAUCUAGCGCAUGAAACAUCUCUGUACCAAAAACCUCUGUGAGUUAAGUGAUUGCUCUCUAGCUAGCUUGCAA